CGUUAAUAAUAUACCAAGUUUGAAAGAUGGAAUCCAGUGAUUUAUUUAAUUCCGUCGUCAGAGUGAAAGACGAACCUUGUGAUGUGUCACUGAUUGAAAAUGAUGGAAUUACUGAAAACUCACCCGAUGUUAAGAACUUUCAAAUUUCAAAAUUUUUCCCAGAAAAUUCAGCCCAAACGCUUCGAGAAUAUGACGAAAAUCAAAAAACUGAGCUUGACGAGAUCAAAGUUGAAUUAGAGUGUGUGGACAUGAAGCCUGAAAUGAAUUUUUUGGUAAUUAAGAAAAUUGAAGGUGAUUCUCAAAAAUAUAACGCUGAUUAUAAGAUUAAAAACACAAUCAAAGUGGAAACGGCAGAGACAGCGAAAAAAGAUAAUAACGAAGAAUAUAACGAUAAAGUGAAUAGCAGUGUCACAUACGAGUGUGAUAUUUGCAGAAAAAAAUUCACAAACAAGAGUAGAUUCAAAACUCAUAUCGACGGUGUCACACAUGUAUGCGAUAUGUGCCAAAAAACAAUCUGCCAAAAAAAAUCUCUCCAAAUUCACGUGAGUAAUGAGCAUAAUGACGUAGGACAUGCAUGUGAUGUGUACGGAAAGAAAUUUUCUCGACCGCAACAUCUCAAAAGGCACGUGAAAGCGUUGCACAAUUGUAAACUUUCAUGCGGUAUAAGUCAAAAGUCAUUCUCACGAAAAAAUAAUCUGAAAAACCACCUCUAUACAAUACACAAUGGUGUCAAACAUGCAUGUGGCACGUGCGGAAAGAAAUUUUCGUCAAAGAGUAAUCUCAAAAUGCAUAUGGAUGCGAUUCACAAUGGUGUCAAACAUGCAUGUGAUAUUUGCGGAUAUAAAUUUACAAAUAAGAGUAAUCUCAAAAAGCACAUUGAUGCGAAGCACAAUGGUGUCACACAUGCAUGUGAUAUUUGCGGAAAGAAGUUCUCAGAUAAGAGUAAUGUCAAAAAACACAUUGACGCGAUGCAUAAUAAUAUCACCCACGCAUGUGGCACGUGCGGAAAGAAAUUUUCAUCAAAGAGUUAUCUAAAAAAUCACAUUGAUGCGAAGCACAAUGGUGUCAACACAAAUGCAUGUAAUAUAUGCGGAAAUAAGUUCGCAAGGAAGAGCUAUCUACAAGUCCACAUGGAUGCGAUGCACAAUGGUGUCAAACAUGCAUGUGAUAUUUGCGGAAAUAAAUUUAUAGAAAAGGGUAGUCUCAAAAAGCACAUUGAUACCGUGCACUAUGGUAUCAAAUGUGCAUGUGAUAUUUGCGGAAAGUCAUUUUCACUAAAAGGCAAUCUCAAACGACACAUCGAUACGGCGCACAAUGGUAUCAAUCACCCAUGUCAUACUUGUGGUAAGACGUUUACACGAAGGCGUAGUCUGAAAAUCCACGUCGAUGCUGUACAUAAUAAAAUCAAUCACACAUGCGAGGUGUGUGGAAAAAUAUUUGGAUAUAAAAAAAAUCUCAGAGCCCACGUGGCUAUGGCACAUCACUCACGCAUUACGACUUAAUAAUAAUGUAUCAAUUUUAUGGUUAAAUUAUAUUUUACGGUCAAAUUUAAAUUUAUUAUGACAUUAUCGGUUUCUAUUGUGUAACACUAUCUCACUAUGUAAAAACAACCUUCAUAUUUCAAUAAAAUCCAAUGACUUUAUCUGAGAAAUAGAACUAUA